AUGGAGUCCAUCAACGCGAAGAAAACUCAAAAGCGACCGAGCAGCUCUUCAAAUUACCACACGGAUGAACACAAUACCCAAACCGCUCAUGACGCCAAUCAAGAGCGCCCCGUCGGUCGAAAGGCUGCCAAAAAGACUCUAGAGAUGGAGACAAGCUUCAUUGGGCUAGUUGAAAAAUUGACAAAAGAAACGGAGGCUAAGAAUCGCUUUCUCAAAGAGGCAACAUCCAAGCAGAUGAUGACGCGCAACAUGGAAGGUAUGACACCGGAACAGCGUCGCUACUAUGAGCUUAAGCAAGCUGAGAUUUUGGAAGACUUGCAAAAGGAGAUGGAUGCGCGAGAGUAUAUCACCUGGACUUGUUUGAUGCCACUUGUGGAGCUUUCGUUCGGACUAUCGACCAUCGCGGACGUCGAAGCUACUGGUUUUGGAGUGAACUUUGGCAAUUUGUCGACGCUCAACGUGGGCUCCCGUCUCAGCACGGCGCUGCUAAUGUUUGGCUUGGACUUCGUGUACUACACGCUGCUCGGUCUGUACUUGGACAAGAUCAUUGCCAAGCAGUACGGCACGCCACUCAAGUGGUAG